CUUGUGUUUAAAGCGCGUGUUACCUGUUUACUGUGUAAGGUGUAAAAUACUACUUAAACAAAAAUGAUUAAUCACGAAUCUCUUAUAAGACAAUUGUUUGAAAUAAACGCAAUUAGGUUUGGCAAAUUUAAACUGAAAUCAGGCAUUUUUUCUCCUAUUUACAUUAACUUUAGAGUAAUAAUCAGUUACCCGAAGUUACUUCGUGAUAUUAGUAACCUUAUUUGGGAGGUAGUUGUAAAAAAUGAUAUUAAAACUGAACUGAUAUGUGGUGUUCCAUACACAGCCUUACCUAUUGCUACAUGUGUAUCAGUUGAUCAUGAUGUUCCCUUGGUUGUUCGUAGGCGUGAAGCCAAAGACUAUGGUACCAAACAAAUUAUCGAAGGAGAGUUUAAGAAUGGCCAAAAUUGCUUAAUUGUUGAAGAUGUUGUUACAACUGGUGGAAGUAUCUAUGAAACUUAUGUUGAAUUAAAAAAAGUUUAUAUUAAUGUUACAGAUGCAGUUGUUUUAAUGGAUCGUGAGCAAGGUGGUAGAGAUCGACUUUUAAAAGACGGCAUAAAGUUACAUAGUGUGUUUGAAUUGAAUAAUGUUCUAAAUUAUUUAACAAGGGAAGGUUUGAUAAAUGAAACUAUGUUUACUGAAGUAUCUUCUUUUAUUUUAAACAAUCAAUAUCAAGUUAAUCCUGUUAACUCAGUUGCUCAAAAGAACACGAAAAUUUCCUAUAGGGAAAGAGCAAAACUGGUCAGUAAUCCAGUUGCUAAACGCAUUUUUAAUCUUAUGGAGGAUAAAAAAACAAAUUUGGCAUUAUCAGCUGAUAUCACAAACUGCUCUGAGUUACUUCGAAUAGCCGAUUUACUUGGGCCACAUAUUUGCAUACUUAAGAUUCACGUAGAUAUAAUGGUAGAUUUCUCCUCUCAGUUUAUUCAGUUGCUUCAGGAGUUAGCAAAGAAACAUGACUUUGUAAUAUUUGAAGAUCGUAAAUUUGCUGAUAUCGGUAACACUGUUAAAGAACAAUAUUCGCGUGGUAUCUAUAAAAUACGAGACUGGGCAGAUCUCAUAAAUGCACACGGAGUUCCUGGUGAUGGUGUUCUAUUAGGUUUAAAAGAAGAAGCAUCGGGCUACGAUCGUGGUUGUUUGUUAGUUGCUCAGAUGACAUCUUUAGGAGCAUUGACAAAUUGUGGUUAUUCUGAUGCUGUGGUUCAAAUGGCAGAGAGAUCUUCAGAAUUUGUCAUUGGUUUUAUAUCCACUUCGAAACUUAUCGACGGGGAAAAUUUUCUUUAUAUGACACCCGGAGUAAAUAUGGCAGUAUCUGGAGAUGAACUUGGUCAACAGUAUUUAACCCCAGAGAUAGUAGUUCGAGAUCGAAAAUGUGAUGUUAUAAUAGUUGGGAGAGGCAUUUACAAUGCGUUAGAUCCACUAUCUGAAGCUAUAAAAUACAAAGAGGCUGGAUUCAAAGCUUAUCUACAGCGUCUAGAGUUAUAGUUACAUUAAGAAUUUAUAUAAUAAGGUUUUAUAAGAACAACUGAUUUUUAAAAUUAUUAAAAUUUAAUAUUAAUAGGUACGAUUUAUAGAUAUAUUUGCUAUAAUGUUAUAAUAUAUACUAUGUUGAAAUAUUAAUAUUAAAUGACUAAUUUUGAAUAAUUAAAAUAAAAUCAUU